UGAAGUGAGUGACAUUUCGGAAAGUAUACCUUUGAUUGAAAGCACGUAUACCUACCUAGAGUUCGAGUCGUCACUUCUUUAUUUUUCGGUACAUAUGAAUGAACAACACAUAAUAAAAACUUUCACUUAAUUGUUCGUAUCGCCGUUAACUUCUAAAUGUGUAGUGUAAAAAUCUCCCAGUCUGUUAUUUACUAAAUCGAAAAUGGGCACAAAUAACUUUCAAAUGGAACUUAAAAAUUCUUGUGUUGUGUUUAUAAUUUUCGCUCUUGCGAUAGUUCGGGCUGUAAGUUACGACACGGAGCUAUAUAGAAAGAAGCCUUGCGACAGCAACGUAUGUUUUGAGGCCCUGCAUGGAGCCCUAGGCGACUGCUCAUGUAAUGUUGAUACCAUAGAUUAUUUCAACAAUGUCAAGAUAUUUCCCCGGAUUCAAAGCUUGGUGAGCAAAGAUUAUUUUAAAUUCUACAAGGUCAAUUUGAAAAAAGAAUGUCCUUUCUGGGCAGAUGACAGCAGAUGUGCCAUGAAGUACUGCCAUAUAAAAACUUGCUCCAAAGAAAGUGUUCCUGGUUAUGCAAAUGGUUAUGAAAAUGAUCACAUAGACGACUCCCCUGCUACUAAAUAUUCCAAAGAAGCUCAAUCAGAUUGUAGUUCUGAUGCAGAUCAUGAUCCUGACUUGGGCUACCUGAACAUGACUAUCAGUGCUGCCAGCCAAUAUGAAAUUGCUAAGUGGAAAGCUUACGAUGAUGCCCUUGAAAAAUUCUGUCAAAAUGAUGAUAAAGAUGCUGAAGCAGAGUAUGUAGAUUUGUCUUUGAACCCCGAGAGAUACACUGGCUACAAAGGCCCCUCAGCUCAUAGAAUUUGGCGAAGCAUAUAUCAAGAGAAUUGUUUCCGACCCAAAAUAAACCCCUAUGAAUCUUUUCCAUAUGUAUUGAGUUCAGAUUUGAGUAAUAUGUGUUUGGAGAAAAGAGUUUUCUAUAGAGCAGUAUCAGGUAUGCACACAAGUAUAAAUAUUCACUUGUGUUCAAAGUAUUUACUCUCUGAAAAAGCUGCAGGGUUUGCCGUGUCACCUGAAGGCGAGUGGGGACCCAACCUUGAAGAGUUUCAGAGGAGAUUUGACCCAUCUCAAACUCUGGGAGAGAGUCCCAACUGGCUGAAAAAUCUUUACUUUGUAUAUCUAUUAGAAAUGAGAGCAUUAGCUAAAGCCGGACCUUACUUAGAAAGGGAAGAGUAUUUUACGGGCAACCCUGUAGAGGACGAGGAGACUAGACAAGCAAUUAGGAAUAUGUUGGGUGUGAUUUAUACUUUUCCUGACCAUUUCAAUGAGUCUUCCAUGUUUAACGGAGGCAGUCAGGCUGCAAAUUUAAAGAACGAGUUUCGUGAACACUUUUGGAAUAUUUCAAGAAUAAUGGACUGUGUAGGAUGUGAUAAGUGUAAGCUUUGGGGCAAGCUGCAGACUCAGGGAUUAGGGACGGCUCUGAAGAUCUUAUUUUCAAGCAGAUGGGAAAAUCCUGAAGGGGAUCCGGUGCAGGGAAAGCUUCCGCUUAGACACAAGUCACAAAGAUUGCAGAGGACAGAGAUUGUGGCACUGUUCAAUGCAUUUGCUAGAUUAUCUAACAGUAUACGAGAAUUGGAGAACUUUAGGAUAUUACUCAGUGCGAACACAGAGACGCAAAAGAAACCUGACAUUUUCGGAGGUGUUCCGCAGAGAUCGAGGUCUAAACCAACAGAAAACUCCAAUUUGAAGAAGGAGCAAUGUUCGUCUGGAGGAUCUAAACCGGGGUUAGGAAGUUAAAUCUAAGAUAUAGAUAUAGCCCUAUUUCUGUGUUGACGUAAGAUGGAGUCACGAAAAUAUUUUUUUUUUAGUUAGCCAUCUGUCAGAAUAUUGGCCAAUAAAAAAGAAACUACGUGUAUUUAUUCACAUUGAUGGUAUUCGUCUUGUAGAUAUUUUUUAUCUGUGCCUGUCAAAUGCAACAUUAUUUUAUAACUAUUAUUUUCUUUAUUUAGGUAUGUUCAGUAUUUUUCACUAAUAUAAUUAGUAUGGACGAAGAAAGUUCGUCGUAUUGGCUUCCAAAUGCACGCAAUUUGUUUACGAUAUCCAUCUAACCUCAAUGCGUUAAUUGAUCAUCACAAAGACUUAAUUUAUUGAAAUCCAGUGAGGUGUUGAGCUUAAUUUAUUUUCUUGGAUAAAGCAGAAUAUUACUAAUGUCAUUGAUUAAUAUAAUUUGAUGGUGGUCGCUAUAAAAGGUAAAUAGUGAUAAUGCAGAAAGGAUUUGAUAAAGGCGUGUGUAUUCUAAUAUCAACUAGCUAUUCUCAAAAAAAAUAAACAAAUAUAUCACGUUAUAAAAUAAUAAUUUACGUUAAAUUUCCAGAAAUUCCCACGGGAACGAAACUCCAGGCGAUAACUUGUAUGUUGUUGUAUUGUAAAAUAUGAAACUUGAUAGUCUUACUCGUACACGCGCCCUUUUUUAUAUUCUCAAUGACGUUUAAAAUCAAUAUUAUCGUUAUCUAAAUUGCUUCAGCGUAGUAUUAUUACUGCCAUGUUUUUCUAUCCUACAAACUCAUGGCAUGCUUGAUGCCACAACGCCCCACACGUAUCCUCCCACUUUUCAAAGUGACAGCUUCGCCCCCUUGGAAAUACAAGGUCCUAUAAGGAAUAAAGGGUACGUGUGCUUUAACGAUUUGAAUUGACUAAUUAAUAGUAAAUUAAUGCAUUAUUGAAACAUUUUCUCAGUUUUUUUCUUUGUUGUUUGUCGAACUGUGUUGGUUCCUUUGAACAAUGGAUAGGGUUGUGUCAAUACAGAUGAACAAACAAGCAUACCGACGUUUUAUUGUAGCGAUGCAAAAACAUAUUUACAGAGAAGACGUAGACGUGGGAAUCCCUGCGAAUUUUGGAAUCACGAAUCACUACGAAUUGUUUUCACACACUUCGCUAUAAAACUGAUUGAAAUCCAAUUACAAAGAAGACGUAGACGUGGGAAUCCCUGCGAAUUUUGGAAUCACGAAUCACUACGAAUUGUUUUCACACACUUCGCUAUAAAACUGAUUGAAAUCCAAUUAAUACUGAUUGGUUAUUUCAUUACCUUUUGCUACCAUCGCAAUAUAAUUUUUAACUUUUUUUUUUUAAUUACCAUUUAUUUACAUAAAUCGUAUUUUUAAAAUAAGAUUUUUUAUUCGUAGAUGAUCUCGAUUAUUCGCUAUUUAACCUAAAUUAUAUUAAUUCGUUUUAAUAUCCAUCGUGUAAUAUUCUGCUUUACCUAAAAUUUUACAAAUAAGGUGUUAAAUAUUAGUUUAAUAGGUUAUUGUGAAUUUAGAUGGACGGUAACAGAAGUCUGUGGCUAAGCUAGACAGACUAGGCAUCAUGUAUAAAGUACAUAUUUUAGUAAACUAUGACGUAGGUGUGUUUAAAAUAUUUUAAAGACUGUACUUGAAGAUACGAAUGAUAUACUAUGUGUUUUUGACUUAAUUCUCGGUAUUUAAAUAUUUUAAUUUAUUACAUUUUGUAAUAUUUAAACGUGUCACUUUUUCUAAAGUUUUAUAAGUAGAUGAUUUUUAUUUAAUGACUGCCUUGACUAUUCUUUUUGAAAACUCAUGAAAACUGUCACAAAUUUAAAUGAAACUUUACUAUUUUAUACCGACUGUAAUUACUUAUAUUAUAAUCACCCAAAAGAACAAAUUUCUGACAAACAGAACACCGUUGUAUGAACUCCUGAUUGUACACAGAGGUCAUACACCGUAGCGAAACCUUGUCUUUGGUCUAUGUCAUACAAAAUAUACAUCUCUUUAACAAUGUUGCCAAGUGACUUAGAUUAUUUUUUAAAUAUGUAUUUGCAUAUUUUUGGAAUUCAAAAGUUCCGACUUUGUAACUGAUGUUAUAUUUUAUGGUUUAAAGAUGUUGGCCAAGAUACCAUAUAACUAAUAUAAUUUUGAAAAUUGAAGCUUUUUUCUAUACAAAAAUAAUGUUUACUUGCCAAUUUGGUUACUUGUUAUAUCUUAUCACAGACUCAGAUCUGUGGAUGUGCAAAUAGAACACAGUGCUAAAAUAAAUUAUAUUUGCUAAUUGACAAACUAGACUUAGAGUUAUAUAGAUUUUUCUUAAUUAAUUUAUGUUUUAUCUUUUGUUGAAGUUUUAUUUUUUUAUUGAUUAUUUUAUUUUAAUCUUUUGUUCUAUUUCGUUCAUACCUUAGUUUCUCCUGUACAGGUAUGUAUACUAUGUGUAUAUAAUAUUCUGAGAUGGUGUAAAUUUGCAAGUGAAUGAAAUCGUGCAUUCAAUUUAUUUUUAAUGUUUUUUUUUACCGAUUAAUGUUUUAGUCACAAAUCCGUGAAAUAGUAUUAUUUUAUGCUCACGAAAUAAAAAAAAAAUCAUAGUUCCUCCAUUAUAACCUUCCUUAGUGUAGAAUGUUUUUUAUUAUCUACUCUGUUACUUACAGUUUCUGUAAAUAAAUAUAGUAUUUUAUGUUUUAUGAUGAGACACAUUAAAUUAUCAUUUAAUAACAUUUACAUAGUGACAAAUUCAGUUACAAACUUAUAAAUGUGGAAAAUUUUACUCUGUGUUAUAUUUUAAAUGCAUAUUAAUAAAUUAUCAAAAAUGUUAUUGUUUAUCAUCAACGCGCCUUUUUUGUGAGAUAUCUAUGGCACUACUUAUACAAACGGUCUGAUUUGAUAUUUCUGUAACUAAAUAUGUCAUUAUAUGUACAAAUAGAGGGUAUUAUUAUUACAUUACAUAGAAAGGAGUUGAUAUAGAACUACGAAAUGCCACUAUCGUAAAACUCUGUGGCUACCUAAAAUUUAAUUAUUAUGACCAAAUAAUUGAAGUACGUAUGGUUUACACUAAUUGGCAAUUUGCUGAACGUUUCUAGAACGAAUUAUACGAUUGGAGUGUUUUAUAAUUACUGGGCUGUUGUUUUUUAUGUUUAAGUAAAAGUACCUAUUUCUGUGAUGUUCGAUGGGGUCUAAUGACAUUCAUGACAAAAUUAUUCUAGUAUUUAUAAUAAACAAUUUGUUUUAAA